CGGACGAUUUGUUUACACCUUUCAAAUGGUCGUCUUUGAUGUUCAGCUGAGAGGAGGAUAUUUCUAGUCUUUUUCUGUGUAUAAUUCACAAGUUAAUGCGGAAGAAGUUUGAUUCCUGACAAUGAUGGAUGACGAUGCAGCCCCAAGACGAGCUCCACCCCCCAGGCCAUCUGUGUUGCCACAGUAUAAUGUGCCUAGACCAGUGGUACCAGAAGUUUCACUGAUGUUUGACAGUGAGGACAGCCUUAUUUGGCAACAACCAAAAUCCAGCCUCCCAGCUAGCCUGCAACAAAAAAAGGAUGUACCAUUCACGAAAGCAGGUAGUACAGUGGCAAACCAGAGAAUACCAGUGAUCUCAGCAGUUAAUAACCCAGGAAAGCAGGCUUUUGCUGCUGGACCUCCAAGGGAUAUUCAGGGUUCUCAGUCUACAACACAUUUUAAGAAUAGGACAGAGGAAAAUCACCCAAGACCAAAAUUACCAUUGCAGAGCAAGGCAGAAGGCCAGUUUCAUAGAGAAGCCAGUGGAUCACCAGUACUUAAAAAUCCAAUAAUAAGUGAAAAGCAUUACAACCCUCUGAUUUAUAGCCCAUCUCAGAAAAAUGGAGUGAACAAGGAGGUGGGCCACAGCUCUUCCCCUCCAGUAAGGGAGAUUUCCCCACUGAUUACAAGAAAUACAGUGCCUGUUACAAGAGUGUUAACUCCCCAGACACAGAACACAGUCAGUUCUCCAUCAUAUGAAGAUUCAGCCAUGCUGAGUAAGAGCUCCUGGCCAUCACAAGUAACAACAAAAUCAGUCCACUUUUAUAAAAAUCCUGUGAUGAGUGAUGAAGAAACCCCACUUCACUUAAAACGAAUGGAACAGCAUCAGAGAUGUUUACAAAUGUAUGGAUAUGAAAAAGAAAAUGUUAAGCCAUACUCUCCACCUAUAAGUGAAGGCAAAACAACAGAGCCUAGUAAUUUUGCUCAGUCUUACGGAAAGGGUUUGAAUAUGCCCCCUUCACUUCAGCAUAGUAGUAGACUUAUACCCCAUGGAGGUCAGUCCUCUCAUCGUCCAUUUAGGGAAGAUGAAGUUACCCAUCAAUCAGAUCAUGUUUCUAGUAGAGUAAGUAAUCAGUGUGAUCCAAGUGUUUACCAAUUGAUUGAGAAGCAAAAUGAGCAUAUUUUCAGGCUACAAACUUCUCUGGAAAAGUUAUUAGAGAAGCAAGAACACAAUGAAGCUCAAAGGAACAAGGAAUCCAGAGAAUUAUUGAGAGAAAUAGUAAUGGCCACCAGCGCCAAUCAGCAAGAGAAACAUAAACAAAUAUUUAAAGAUACCAGCAGUCAGACAGAACCUGAUAAAUGUGAGACCAAAUCAAUAGGAAUUAAUACUGAAAUUUCAUGGGCAGAUUUGAUUGCCUCUGUUACACCAUCUGAGAAUGCAGUUGAAAGAGGCACUGAGCAAGGUGCAAGAUUUGAGUCUAGAGAGGCUGGGAAAGUUUAUCAGACAAACAACAGAAAUUCAGGAGAAAGACAAGCAGAUAUCAUUAGAGAUAAUUAUAAGGCAAAAUCAUUAAACAGAAGGGAUUCUUCCUCAAGACAAGCAACAAAUUGGACAGUGCACAAGGAAAUGUCCCUAACAAUGCAAGAAGUUGUCAUGAAAACUAUUGAGGAAGACCCCCCAAGUCCAGAUCCUUCAGUCCACAUUAGUAUGACAGAGUACCAUGAUGGCAGUAGGCAUGAGGAGGCUCACAGUGGUAUGAGAAAUCCACAGAAGAAAAGUGUAGAUUGGGAAGGCUCUCCUGUCUUGGGUGAGAGUGCUAGCAUGUGCAGUCCAGCAGCCCAUGAUAGUCCUCAGCAUCAGGAAGGUGCACAAGCUACCAAAUCAACAGGGGUCACUUUUUAUAACAAUGUAAUGACAAAUAUUCAGCAUAUUUUGCAAAAUUCUAAGGCUGCAGAGGAAGAUGAAAGGAGUGAGGAUGCUGCCACUCACCAGAGACAGAGGGAGUCAAACAGUGCCACCAGUGAACAGGAAACAACAGUAAUUGACCCCCAGAUGGAAGCCGUUAGAAAACAGUUAAUGCAGUUUGGUAUUAGUUUCAUUGACCCAGCUACACUGGCUACAAAUAACAGACCAGUAUUGGAUACCAUGUACCUGCCAGGACUCCAUAACAUGUUGUCCAUGUACCAAAACUCUAUCCCCAACUCGGGGCCAGUGCCAUAUCAAGAGACCGAUGCCACAGCUGCUAAGUAUCUCUCAGAUGCACAGCUUGCUGCUAUUGCUGCAGCUUCUCCUGCCAUGACAGGAAGAACAAGAGCGGCAAGAGAGACCAAAGCCUUGAGACCUCCAUUCCAGCAAAUUAAGAAUGCAGACACUGAAAAUAACUUCUCCAUUGCAACAAAAAAGUUUCUUGGAAAAUAUGGCUUGCAAGAAGAUUACACUUAAGUCUUCACUCCAGUGAUAUAUGAUGUUUUAUAAUAUUUCUGUUUUGUGUUCACAUCAUUGUAUUUCAAAGGUGUAAGUUAAGAUGGGGUUGGCAUCUGGAAAUAUUUAUUAUACAUCAAGGGUGCCAAAUUUUGUUUAUAGUUAAUCAAGUUUCUAGUCCUUGGAAGGACAGAAGGAAAAAAAAAAAUCUCAGCACUAUUUAAGAUUAUUUCCCUUCUCUUCUUCACAUGACUGCAUGGAUUAGUGCGCACAGUAUAUAAAAAUAAAAAGAUUGUCCAUUUCACAGUCUUUAAAUAAAAUUGUUUUAAAUCAUUGAAAGAAAUGUAAUAUAUUACUUUUUACUUUCUAAUAUUAUUUACACAUUUACAAAUAAAGACAUAUAAAUACAUUUUUUUUUUUUUU